AUGUCUACCACUGCACCAUACGGAGAGCGUCGAAGUAUAAACGCGAUCCUCUACCUUAUGACGAGGACGACGUUCUCAUCCCUGCACAGAUUGAAGAUGGAUGAGGUUUGGCAUUUUUACCAUGGAUCCCCCGUGGUGAUCGUCGAGCUCGACCGCAAUACCCCUGGACAGCACAGGCAGACGCGCUUGGGCUGCGUGUCGGAGGGCCUCUGUCCACAACACACAGUCCCGGCGGGAACGUGGUUCGGUGCCUACCAGGAGGGCGACUUCGCACUGGUGGGCUGCACGUGCGGGCCGGCCUUCGAGAUCGAGGACUUCGAGCACGGGCAGCGCGCCGCCCUGCUGGCGGAGUUCCCGGAGGCGAGGGCCGCCGUCGAGAAGCUGACACAUCCCGAGCGAGCUGGAGACAGGGCCACCAAUGGAGAAAUCGGCGGCGCGGCGUGA